GAGUGAGUUUGAGUCUUUGGAUCAUAGAAUGUGGAGAAAAGCUCUCACUUUGCUUCCGCACAGACCCUUUUCAUCAACCCCUGAAAUCCCAACCCUCUACUCCUUCCUCCAACCCUCAGUCUUUGCCCUUAAGAGGGACCUACCACCCUCCCAGAAAUCUCACAGUGACCUCCCAACCCCGCCUCCCAAAACCCUAGCCCCAGACCACAUAACCACCCUAGAGACCACCCUCCACAAGUCCCUUAUAACCCACAACACUGAUGAGGCAUGGAAGUCCUUCAAGACUCUCACAGGCAGCUCUGCCUUCCCGAGUAAGUCCCUCACUAAUUCUCUCAUCACCCAUUUGUCCUCACUCGGGGACAUUCACAACCUCAAGCGGGCUUUUGCUACGGUAGUUUAUGUCGUGGAGAAAAACCCAGGAUUCUUAGAUUUUGAAACUGUUGGGACUUUGUUGGAUGCUAUGAAAUGUGCCAAUACUGCUGCACCUGCUUUUGCUUUGAUUAAAAGUGUGUUCAAGAACAGGUUUUUCUUGCCAUUUAGUGUAUGGGGCAAUGUUCUCAUUGAAAUUAGUAGGAAAAAUGGUAACUUUGUUGCGUUUUUACGGGUUUUUGAAGAGAAUUGUAGGAUUGCCUUGGAUGAGAAGUUGGAGUCCAUGAAACCGGAUUUGGCCGCUUGUAAUGCAGCGUUGGAGGGUUGUUGUCGUGAACUUGAAUCGGUUAGUGAUGCCGAAAAAGUUGUUGAAACAAUGGCGGUUUUGGGUGUUCGGCCUGACGAAUCGAGUUUUGGUUUUCUUGCUUAUUUGUAUGCAUUGAAGGGUCUUGAGGAAAAGAUAACUGAGCUAGAGGGACUGAUGGGUGGGUUUGGUUUUUCAAAUAAAAGGGUGUUUCAGAGUAAUUUGAUUAAUGGCUAUGUUAAGUCAGGCAAAUUAGAAUCUGUUUCAGCAACUAUUCUGCGUAUUCUCAGAGAAGGAGAUGGAGAAUUUUUGAAUCUGGGUGAAGAAACUUAUUGUGAAGUUGUCAAAGGAUAUCUUAUGAGUGCAAGUGUGAAAGAGUUGGCGACUUUGAUCAUUGAAGCUCAAAAGUUAGAGUCUUCAACAGUCGUGGUAGAUAGAUCAGUUGGGUAUGGUAUUGUUAAUGCUUGUGUUCAUAUUGGAUUAUCAGAUAAGGCACACGGCAUUCUUGAUGAAAUGAAUGCUCAGGGAGGUUCCUUGGGGCUUGGUGUGUAUGUGCCUAUUUUGAAGGCUUAUUGCAAAGAGCAUAGAACUGCUGAAGCCACUCAACUGGUCAUGGAUGUUAGUAAUUCUGGGCUUCAGUUAGAUACGGGGACAUAUGAUGCUCUAAUAGAAUCAUCCAUGUCAAGUCAAGAUUUUCAAUCGGCUUUUUCUUUGUAUAGGGACAUGAGGGAAGCAAGAAUAUCUGACUUAAAGGGGAGUUACUUAACAAUAAUGACAGGUUUAAUGGAGAAUCAUAGGCCAGAGUUAAUGGCUGCCUUCUUAGAUGAGGUUGUUGAGGAUCCUCGAAUUGAAGUGGGUACCCAUGACUGGAAUUCCAUUAUUCAUGCCUUUUGUAAAGCUGGGCGUCUAGAAGAUGCGAGGAGGACUUUUAGAAGGAUGAUAUUCUUGCAGCAUAAGCCUAAUGAACAGACAUAUUUAUCGUUAAUUAGUGGGUAUGUUUCUGUGGAGAAAUAUUUCUGUGUUCUGAUGCUAUGGCAUGAGGUGAAGAGAAAUGUUUCAGUUGAUGGAGAAAAGGGGAUUAAAUUUGACCACAACAUGGUUGAUGCAUUCCUAUAUGCUCUUGUUAAGGGAGGCUUUUUUGAUGCGGUAAUGCAAGUUGUUGAGAAAUCUCAAGAGAUGAAAGUCUUUGUGGAUAAGUGGAGGUACAAACAGGCAUUCAUGGAAACCCAUAAGAAGCUUAAAGUGUCAAAGUUGAGAAAGAGGAAUUUCAGGAAAAUGGAAGCACUUGUUGCUUUCAAGAAUUGGGCUGGUCUGAAUGCAUGAAUUUAGGUGCUUCUGGGAGCAAAGUUUGUCAAUUUGAGCUUCUGCUCCCAGCACUAAUUACAUUUCAAUAAUUCAAAAUGGCAAUGAGGUGGAGGUGUAUGGCCUGUAGGCUAAAGUCAAGCACGUGAAAUUCACAUUGCUGGAGGCUUUUGUUGCAGAGUGUUUGCUGGCAACUUUCAGAUGCAUGUGAUAAAGAAGAUCGUUUGGAAUGUGAAAGCUCUUAUGACUUUAUAGGGGUGAUGUGAACCAUAGGUCUGACGAUCAUAUUUACUUGAAAGUGUUGUAUAAUUGUCGCAAAUCACAAGAGUUCCAAAGUUUGACAAUCACAAGUUGAGCACAGUGAAUAGAAAGAUGGGGCCUAACCAGUAUCCUGGCUACAACUAAAGUAGUUGGUAUUGGGGAAGAUUAACUUGAGAAUUCACUGAGCUAUAGCUUUUCUUAUUUGUCAGUUGGGUUUCUCUUGGGUUGUUGAAUAAAGAGCCAAGCAAACCUCAUCAUAGUUUCCAGGUCGUGACUGAUGCAGUGGAAUGAAGAACUGCUUGGUUUCCAAUUUGAUCAUUUGCAUCCAAUAAUAUUGGACUUGUACUUUGAGCUGGGACUUGGGCCGCUCCAAACCUUCAGGUAGCAAGUGUAGAAGGUUGUUAAAUCUAAAGCCAUCAUCCUCGGUAGGACUAACAUACCAGAAAGUAACAAUUAAUUGUGAUGGAUCAGUGGGCUGAAACAGAAACCUGUUUCAUACUCAAGCACCUUCGCUUUUACUAUUAUGGAGUUGAUUUCUCUCCUUUUCUAAAUCCUUUUGAAAAUGCAUAUUGCUUUAUAGCUAGAACCCACAUAAAACAUGGGCUCUGCUUUUUAGGAAGAAAAAUUAGGAAGGAUGUUGAAAGUUAAGUCACCUCCACCGAAAAGAACACUCCCCUUUGUGUUCCUUUACAAUAACACUUGCUCAUAUUGUCAUGUGAAAGUUGAAACUCUUCUUGCAUUACUGUUGUUCUUCAGUUCUUCAUUUCAAAAAUCUCGAAACUCCUUCUGAACCCUCACCUAUGCCAUCUGCCUUAGAAACCUUGCUUCUGAUCACCAUUUUUCUCUUGCUUCCUCUCCACGCCGUCUCAUCCACCAUCCAUGCAGGCCAUGCCAUUCCUAUCAACGGCCUCUGUCAUGACACAUGCGGCACAAUCCCAGUAAAGUUCCCAUUUGGCACUGGAUUUGGCUGUGGCCACCCUGACUUUGUUAGAUACAUCAAAUGCAGCUCAGGAACACUUCAAUUCUCUACCGGAACUGGUAUCUACACCAUUUCCUCUAUAGACUACAACAGUAGCACCAUUGUUGUCACAGACCCGCUUAUGUCAACAUGCUCUUCUAUGCAAAAUUCAGGUGGCUUCAGCUUAGACAGGACCAGUCCUUUCACUAUAAGAGAGGAGAACAUCUUUGUUCUACUUGGCUGCUCAACGACAUCCCCUGUGUUUGAUCCCAAUGAAGAUUUGUGUGACACCGGGUCGGGCUCCCGGGUGUGCAGAGGGUUGUACUCUUGCAAGGGGGUGGCUGGCAUUGGGUUGCAACAGAACGCACCAAUUUCCACUUGUUGUGUUUAUGACUCUCAAGUUGGGGUUGGCUCAGGUUAUGCAUUGGUUCUCCCAAAGCUCCAAUGCUCUUCAUACACAUCAAUUUAUGAGUUUGGGGAUGAAGGGGAUCCAAUGAAAUGGAAAUUUGGAAUUUCUCUGCAAUAUAAUGAUUCUUAUUACACCAAUGCCUGCAAGGAUUGUGAGGCAAGUGAGGGCUUGUGUGGCUUUUCUGGUUUGGACCAGUCAUUCGCUUGUAUUUGCCAGAAUGGGGUUAACACCACCAGAAGUUGCUUUGAGCAAGGGUAUGCUUUGAGUGGGGCAGUGGAACUCGAAGUUCAAAUUAAAACCAUUAUUGGAGGACUUUUGGUCUCGGGGGUGUUACUAUUGACAAGGAACAGAUAGCUAGGGUUGCUUCAAACUUUUUUGGUGCACAAAUUUUGCAAAAGAAGAGCUUCAAAGAGCUGUAGGAAAUUAUCUAAGCUAUCACCUUUUCGAUGAAGCUAGCAAGUGGUGUUUUUGGCUAUGUAAUUUUUUUUAUUUUAAAGUUAAUGAAAUGCAAAUUUCCCAUUCAAAUUAA